AUGAUGCAGUUGCUCUUGGCGGCGUUUUUCUUCGUCUUUGCCUUUGCUGAGCUGCGCGUCUGGAACAAGAGCACGUUCACUGGACUCGAGAGCCCCUCGGCUGCUGCAAACUACCCAGACUGUGAAGUUAUUGGCUGGGCGGAGCUUUGUGAAAGGAAAAAGCUGACGGCCGGGUCGUGCUUUCAGCUCGAGCCUACCGUGGCAGCUCCUCCAUGCGAGCUGCAGGGGCCCCAUGGGGCACCCGCGCAGCUGCGCCCAGCAGCAGGGAAAAUUUUGACCUUGACCUCCGGAGAGCUGCACAUCACCGGGCAAAUUCAGAUGACUUCGCUCCGCCUGCAAGCCAAGACUGUGAACUUUGCAGAUGCUCACGUGGAAUCGUGGCAUGAAGGUCCAUCCGAUCCGAACUCAAACGCGCAUGGUGUUAUCUUCAAGGGCGGGCAUGGUGGGAUCGCCUUUUUCCACGGGCUUGCAAACGGUAGGGGGGCGCAUGCCAUGGUUGAGAAGGACAUUGACGAGGACUUGACUAAACCUGAGAGUGUUGCUAGUUCUGGGUACUCUGCAAGUGAUGCUGACCACAUUUUAAACGAGACACAUGAGCAUGGCAGUUUUGAUGACAGUCAACAAGUGGAGCCUCAGCUGGAUUCAGUUGGUGAUGAGAUGGUGCCGUUUCGUGCCAUUGAUCUGAUUGGAGCUGCGGACAGCUAUGCACCAUUUAGGCCUCCACCUCAGUAUGAUCAGCAUCUGCCUUGUGAUGUACCUGAAACGGAGCAACACUUGUUUGGACCCCCUGGACCUGUUUCUGAAGUCAAUCAUGGGUCUGAUGUUCACGAGUCUGUGGAAAUUGGCAGUGCAGAUUCAGUUGUGCUUGUUGAGAAUUACGCUGACGAGCUGUCAGAGCCUUUGGAAGAUCAGCCUAUGUCCGGACCUGUGGUGCCAACUCAGGCUUGGAAUGAAAUGGUUGCACAUGGUUUUGCACAGUUUAGGCAAAUACCUGAGUCACUCUUGUUUCCUUGGGAGCAGGGACCGAUGGCUGCUGUUUUCAACUUCGAUGCUGACCCCUUGCCACAAUGUUUGGGGAUUGCUGAAACAGAGCGAACAGUUGGUGCCGACACCUCAGAUCCUUUGCAGAACCAUUUGAAGGGUUUCCUACUGCCUGAUGAUGCAAAGUACGUGCAUGCUGUCAAAAGCAUACAGGAUAUGAAUUACUUUGACAACAAGUCUCAGCAGUUGGAGUUAGCAUGCAGUCAAUGGUUGCGCAUCCUUUCAGUACAGUGGAGUGCAUCGGGUGUUGGGCCUCAGCUUGCGGCGGCCUUACAGAAAGAUAGUGCAGGCCUCUCGGCCUUGGAACGCAAGGCAAAGGGCCCUACAGUUCAGGCUCCUGGGCUCCAGCCUGAGCAUAUUAGGCGUUUGCAUGAGGUGUUGCACACUUCUUCAAACUUGAUUGACAAACUGGGAGCUGGUUGCUUUUUGGUGUGCUUGUAUGGACGUGCAAGAUGGAGUGACAUGCGAUUUGUGAGCCAUGUGCAGCUGGAAGAUGGAGAGUUUGUCACCUUUUACACCACUGAACACAAGACUGCUUCAGUGGGCUUGCGGAGGGAACAGUAUCUACUCAUAGUUAUUCCAUGGAGUGGCAUUUGCAAUGAUGACUGGGUGCGUGAGUGGCUUAAGGUAUACCACCAAGUUGGCUUGGACAUUUACAAGCGACCGCUGGGGCCAUUGCUACCAGCACCCAGGAUUGAUGGGUCUUUCUGCGCAAGGCCUCUGACCACGCCAGAGGCAGCUACGUGGUUGAGAGCCCUGCUUCAGGGGACCAGUGAAAGUGAGACUUUCAGAAGUCAUUCACUCAAAGCUACACUCCUCAUUUGGUGUGCCAGGGCUGGAUUUGAUAGAGAGACCAGAGCAGUACUUGGGCAUCAUUGUAGCGCUGUGAGUGGCUCUGAAGUAGUUUAUAGCAGACAGCUGCAGACACGUGCUUUGAGGAAGCUUGCAUUGGUGCUUCGACGGGUGCGGGCAGGUCUGAACAUCGAAGAUGAGGCCAUGAAAGAGUAUGGCAUCAUCAGCACGCCGGCGCCAUUUACCCUGGUGGCUGCAGCCAGGACACCCAUGGCACCUGUGCCUGUUGCUCUGCCCCAGUCAGUGGGGCCUCAGCAAGAGACUGUCGACAAGGAGGCGGUGGACAAUGCCGUUUCAAGCGCUCUUCAGUUGGAGGAGCUUCAGAGUGUCAAAGAGGAGGACUUGGACCAGUCGACAUUGGAGCAGGCUGCGGCUGAGUUGACCCUCUUUCCAAUAGAGGUGGUAGCUGCAGGUGUUGUUGAGAUUGAGUCUUCAUCAGGUAGUGACAGUAGCACAACAUCGACUGAAAGUGAGACCUCUUCCUCAGAGGAGGUUGUGCAAGCUCAAGGACCACAAGUGGUCGAGUUUGUGCCUGAGGGCGUUGAUUUCUACCGGCAUGUGAAGACAAUUGCCUUCACAUUUAAGGUUUGGGGCAGAUGUUUGCAAAGGGCUUUGGUUGAGAGCCUCAAGCGCCACGGUGUCAAGACGUUGUCGCAAUUGGCCUUUGCAAUUGGCCAACCAGGCCACCCCAUUUUGGAUGCAAACAUUGAGCAGUUGAUACAACAAGCCCAUGGAAGAGCACCCAGCCUCACUGAAAUUGCCAUUUUGAAGAGGGCAGCGUUUGAGGCUCAGACAUACCUCACAGCAACUUUGAGGCAGGCAGUUGACAAAACAGAUGACACUCCAAGGAGAAUCCCGUUUGCUGAGAGAAACACCCGUUUAGAAGCGCUACGUGUGGUGUUGGGAGGCAUAGGCAUUUCUGGUGAGCACGAGCCAGCCCACAGUCUUUUAGACAGGGCCGGUGCCAUGUUUGAGGCCAACAAUAUCAAGUAUCUUGAGUUGUCGACAUGCAUUUCCAGAUCACUUGAAGUACAGGGAUCAACAAAGACGAAAGAGCUGACCUUAGAAAAAGGAUCGCUGAUUCUCAAGCAUAGUGAGGACAAGCUUACAUCUCCAACAGAUAGCGAGAUCAAAGUCCAUUAUGCAAUGGUCAGGAGGGGCAUCAGUUUCCAGUUUGCAAAGCUGAUGUCAUACGCAGAGCAUGCGACGUGGGAAACCUUCCUAUUCGAGGCACUUCACCGUGAAGCUCCACCAGGCUUUGCCAGGCCUUCAUUGGCCCAAUUGCUGCAAUGUGACAAGGCGGCGUUUGGCCGACUGACAACACAGGUUACCAGUGUGAGGCAGAGGGAGGACGGAACCUACCCCCUCGGUGAAGCAUUGCUUGCGCUCAGGCAUGACCCACUGGUUGCAUUGUUUCUCAUGCCCACUGCCAAGUCAAGUUCCGCAGCGGCACCUGCUGCACCUGGUGCAGCUUCAGCAUCUACUACAAGACCUCACCCCUACAGCCAGCCAGGGGGCAAAGGAAAAGGAAAAGGCAAGCGGAGCGGUGGAAAGUCAUCACCGCCCAUUCCAGCUGAGCUGCGUGGCAAAUGGCACAAGAGUUCUAGUGGAGAUCCCAUAUGCUAUGGGUUCAACUGUCGCAGUGGUUGCAGUGAGAAAGGAGUAAAACCUGGUGGCAGGUGCUCGAAAGGAUUGCACAUUUGCGCAGUUUGGACUGGCAUCAAUGUUGAACAGGCCUUCAUGAUUGAAGUUUUUGCAGGAUCAGCAGUUUUGUGUGCAGUGGCCAAACAGGCUGGCCUCUCUUGUUCGAUUGCUAUUGACAAAGUCAAGAAGAAGUCUGCAAGGAGCACUAUUUUCCAGUUAGACCUGUUGAACAGCAAAGACAGAACCCUCUUGUAUCAGUGGAUGCAAUCUCCCAUGCUACUGUGGGUGCCUUUGGCGCCCGUAUGUGGCACAGGCAGCCGUGCACGAGACAUCCGUCGGUUUGAUGGAGAUCCCUUGCCACUACGCUCAAAUGAUUAUCCUGAAGGUCUUCCUGACCUAGGAGAAAAUGACAUGACGCGUGUUCAGAUUGCAAACUUGCUUUUUCAGUAUGCGUGUGAAAUUUUUCUUGCAGCCACUUCACUUGGGGUUCUUGUCACCAUGGAGAACCCAAAGAAUUCGUACUUUUGGCUCACAUGUUGGCUGCUGCACAUUCUCAAAGAGAUUCCAGUGUUUUUUGGCGACUUUCAGACAAGGGGGGAGGAUCAGGGGAAGUCUUCAAAGCGUUGUCUGGAUGAGGAGGUAGCAAUGUUGGAGGAUGAGUCAGGUUUUGAGGUUGCUUUUGGGCUUCCCUGGACUUGUGAAGGGUUUAUCAAGCAGGCUUGUUGCAACGGACAUCCAUCGUUGAAGGACAUGGGUGUACCACCAGAACUUGAUGCGGCAGUGCGCAAGCACAUGGAAUGGAGUGAUUUGCAGUUGAGCAAUUACAGGAUUGCGUGGUGCAGAAAGUGGAUGUCUAGAGCCCAUGAGCUGGAAGCUCAGGAACGGCAGGCGGCAGCCAAGAGACAUGCUGCAGUUGCUGAGUUGACAUCCAACAAGCGUUUGCUGCUCACCAGAGAGAUGCUGGCGGACAUCAACUAUGAGGAUGUGGAUGCAAUCUCUUUGCUUGAACAAGGUGCCACCUUAGCUGGUGAGGUGGAGAAGUUCAAACCUUGCUUGGCUACAAUCUCCCAGUUGGAGGCCGAUGCGACACGGCGUAAUCAGCUGGUGCUGCAGCUGACUUGUUCUUCCGGAUCAGAGGAGACAGACCUUCAGUUGCUUGCAGAGACGGAGUUAGAGGUUGAGAGAGGAUGGGCUGAAGGACCCAUCGACCUAUCUGUUCUUGAGGAGGGAGCUACCAUCUCCCGAAGAUUUCCUUUGGUGCAAUCUUCCAAGACCAGGUUGAUUGACGAUUUCUCUGUAAGCGGUGUCAAUGAUUCUUGCAUUGCCCACAAUCGGGUGGAUCUUCAUCUCAUUGAUACUUUUUGUGCGAUGGUAAAGUCCUUCUUUGGUCAUUGUGCGGUGGCUGGCAAAGACAGCGAGCUCAGAGCUAAGACCUACGACUUGACCAGUGCUUACCGCCAGGUGCUAAUCAGGCCAAGUCACUACAAGUAUGCCUAUGUUUGCAUUUACAACUGCAAAAGGGGUUGUGCUGAAGUCUACAGGAUGAAAACAAUGCCCUUUGGGGCGACUCACAGCGUGUAUUGCUUUCUGCGCUUGGCCCGAAGUCUUUAUUCCUUAGCUGUCAGGGGUCUUUACUUGCUGACCACCAACUUCUACGAUGACUUUAUACUUGCUCUUGGCGUUGAGUUUGACUUUAGCAGAUCAGAGCAACGCUUGAUGGCAGUGGCCAACACACAGUCACGUAGAGAGGAACUGGUCAGGCAAAUCUCUGAGGCUUUGGAGCGUGGGACCUUGGAUAAACAAGCUUGUCUCAUGCUGAGAGGCAGGCUUGGCUUUGCAGACAGCUUCAUGCAUGGGCGAAUAGGAAAGUUGGUACUUAAGAAACUGAUUGACCAUGCGUACGGCAAGAGCAGCCGUAUAGAUGAAGAGCUUCGUGUGGCGCUCCAAGCCAUGCAGAUGCGGCUACAACAUGAUGGCCCAAAACUGGUUUCAGCCAACAGCUUUUCUCAGUGGUUUAUCUUUACUGAUGCCAGCUACGAACCUUCUUUGGGUACAGGUGGCUUGGGUGGAGUACUCAUCAGUGCUGAGGCGCAAGUGUGCGCUUGGUUUGGACUUCCGCUUGAUGCUGCCACUUGUACUUCUUUUGGGUCACAAGACAAGUUGACCAUCAUCUAUGAGCUGGAACUACUAGCUGCCAUAAUAGCUCUGAACUUGUGGGGUGGCAGUCAUGGCGAUGAGCUUAAUGUGCACUUCGGCGACAACGAUGGAGUGCGCUUCUCCUUGGUUAAAGCUUCAGCAGCAGGAACAGUUGGCCAGAGAUUGAUGGCAUAUCAUAUCAGACAAGAAGCCUUGAAGGGAUCUCGAACUUGGUUUGCACGCGUCCCUACUGAGUGCAAUUUGAGCGAUUUUCCUUCGCGCGGUGUGAUGCAUGCUUUACUUGGUGAAGACUGCAAUGUGAGCGCAAGUGCUUUGGUUUUGCUUUCGGAAGUUCUGGCACAGUUGAACAACGGUGGCAAUUCACAAUUUUCAGAAUGGGGGAGGAAGCAGGCUGAGACAACGCCGAUGCAGGAACAGCGGGAGAAGAAGAUACUGAGCCCGAGCGUGUUCCACUCUGAAGUCGUGAUCCAAAACGUUUCAGCGAAGCAGUCGGGUGGUGGUUUCUUUGUCCUGGGAAGCGUGUACAUUUCUGACAACUCAAUGAUCUUGAUUCAGAACGCCAGAUCCACCGAGACAGGAGGUGGUUUCAUUGCCUCUGGAGAGGUUGAAAUAGCUGGGAAAUCGACAGUCAACAUUUCCAACAGCCACGCUGAAACAGGAGAUGGUGGAGGUUUUUAUGCUGAAAAGGGCUUGAAGGUGUCCACCGGCUCAUUUCUCAACCUUGAGAACUUGAACGCCGGAAGCCAUGGAGGAGGUUUCAUUGCCUUUGGAGAGGUUGAAAUAGCUGGGAAAUCGACAGUCAACAUUUCCAACAGCCACGCUGAAACAGGAGAUGGUGGAGGUUUUGAUGCUGAAAAGGGCUUGAAGGUGUCCACCGGCUCAAAACUGAACAUUCGGAACGCGAAAGCUGGACAAAAUGGAGGAGGUUUUUAUGCCUUUGGAGAGGUUGAAAUAGCUGGGAAAUCGACAGUCAACAUGUCCAACAGCCACGCUGGAGGAAAUGGUGGAGGUUUUGAUGCUGAAAAGGGCUUGAAGGUGUCCACCGGCUCAUUUCUCAACCUUGAGAACGUGACUGCGCGGUUUUAUGGAGGAGGUUUCAUUGCCUCUGGAGAGGUUGAAAUAGCUGGGAAAUCGACAGUCAACAUUACCGGCUCAAAACUGAACAUUCGGAACGCGAAAGCUGGACAAAAUGGAGGAGGUUUUAAAGCCGAAGGCAUCGUGAUCAGCAGUUCCACCCUUAGCAUUCAAGAUGCCACAGCGUGGCAGCAUGGUGGAGGUUUCGUCACAUCUGACGAGGUUGUCAUUGACAGGAUGUCAAAUGUUAGCAUUUUCCGUUCAAAGGCAGAAAAUGGCGCAGGCGGGGGAUUCUUCACGUUUAGCUACGUGGAGGUGACAAACGGCUCAUUUCUCAACCUUGAGACCGUGACUGCGCAAGAGUAUGGAGGAGGUUUCUAUGCCGGCCGUGGAGAAGGAAAUGGAGAAGGCUGCAUGCGCAAGGGCUUGAAGGUGUCCACCGGCUCAAAACUGAACAUUCGGAACGCGAAAGCUGGACCAAAUGGAGGAGGUGGUUUCAUUGCCUUUGGAGAGGUUGAAAUAGCUGGGAAAUCGACAGUCAACAUUUCCAACAGCCGCGCUGGAGGAACUGGUGGAGGUUUUUAUGCUGAAAAGGGCUUGAAGGUGUCCACCGGCUCAUUUCUCAACCUUGAGAACUUGAACGCCGGAAGCCAUGGAGGAGGUUUCAUUGCCUUUGGAGAGGUUGAAAUAGCUGGGAAAUCGACAGUCAACAUUUCCAACAGCCACGCUGAAACAGGAGAUGGUGGAGGUUUUGAUGCUGAAAAGGGCUUGAAGGUGUCCACCGGCUCAAAACUGAACAUUCGGAACGCGAAAGCUGGACAAGAUGGAGGAGGUUUUUCUGCCCGAGGAGGUUUUUAUGCCGAAAGCAUCGUGAUCAGCAGUUCCAACCUUAGCAUUCAAGAUGCCAUAGCAGGGGAGCGUGGUGGAGGGUUUGCUGCAGGAGUAGUUAUGAUCGAGGCAUCUACAGUGGCCAUGUUCAGCACCGAUGCGGGGGCAUAUGGUGGUGCUUUUGCUGUGAUUGGUUUGCGUCUGCAAAGAAGUUCGAUGUCCAUCAGCAACUCCACUGCACUUCGAGGCUCCGGAGGUCUUGCAGAUGGUCCAGUGCUUGUUUCAGAACAGUCUACUUUGGUGGUGAAACAUGCCCAAGCUCUCGACAAUUCCAGCGUGCUAGCAGCAAGCUGCUUCUACCUACUUAAUCGGUCACACAUGCUCUUUGAAGAUGUCAUCGGUGGCCAUGGGGUGGAGCUUCAAAACAGUGGGUGCUCUGCCCUUUGCUCAAAAAGCACCUUCCGUGUUGCAGAGGAUGCAGCCCUCAACGCCAGUGGUCGCUUGAGUUCGGGUCUUCUUUCCAUUGCAGCCUGUCCGAAGGAGAAGGUAUUUCUCUCGGGCAUCCACCUGCACUCCUGGUCCAGCGCGUUGCUCAGCACUCGCCCAAGCUAUGUGGUGGUUGACCAAGUGAGUGUCGAUUACAAACCACCGGUCAACAAUUUGCAGGUCCUGGCAGCCAAGGACGGGCUCAGGGUGCCAGAUGAGUGCAGCGCCAGACAGCGCCAGAUCUGCAAGCCGAUGUCACGGUAG